CUCAAAAUAUAACCAAUUUAUCCACCAACAUUCUCUUCCCAACCAAUCACAACCCUCCACCAUUAACUUUUUCCCACCUACCUUCACUAUUCAUCCAAUUACAACGCCCUCCACCACUCAUUUCUAUACUUUCUUAAUAACCGUGUUCUGAACGGAGGGAGUAGUUGAUAAUUAGGUUGUGUAUUGCCUAAUUAAUUUUAUGCGCCUUUAAUUUACUGCGUCUUUUGUUAGUCGAUCACAGGGGAUGUUUCGUCCGGUGAGGCGUCGCUGCAGGCGGCCGGCGGCCGCACCAACCGCCGGCCAAGCACGUGCACCGGCGGCGCACAGCCCAUAGCCGCCAUGGAUAAAAAAAAUUCAGAGGAAAAACAACACAGGGAAAGGUCACAAGCUAGUAUGGGAAUAUAUAUGGAUUAGGUUUGGAUUGGGGAUCAUUUGUAUGUUUCUUUGGAAAGAGAUUUGAUUAAUUGCUUUUCUUUCUUUAAUUUGGACCAGGCAGUGACGUUUGCAGUAAUCGCAAUCUGUUGGUUCCAUCUUAUCUCAUCACCUGUCCUAUAUCUAGGGGAGCUGUUCAUCAGCUGAGAUUCCCAUCAUCUCGCAAAACUACAAGCAGCUCAGCUCGCAAAUUAACUGUCGGCCAUGGCGGCUGCUGGUGAAGAAGCUUCAGGAGGCGGGGACAAGUACCGGUCGUUCAUGUACGGCGAGGGGGAGAAGGACACCGUGUGGAGGCUUGGAUCCCCUCCAAACUACGACGUCGUCAACAAGCUCUUCGAGGAAGAGAGAACCAAGGAAUGGCCAGAGGGGUCUCUGGAGGAGAAGGUCCAGAGAUUGCUGAAGACCUGGGAGAUGGAGCUCGUCCACAAGGUGCGACCAGAGGACCAGAAGAGUGUCCACUCGCAGAAAUUCUGCUCCAGCACCAAUGGGAUGAGGUUUCUGAAUCGGAAGGAUUUGAUGGCCAUCGGCAGCUACAACGCGUUCUUGCAGACGAAGCUGCCACCGGAGCACCGCAUCUACGACCCGGACAAGGAGACGCUGGAGUCCGGCAUGGCCACCUUCCUGACGGCGUUCCCGCGUGGCUUCGCCAUCGAGGUGCUCGACGUCUACAGUGGCCCACCACGGAUCGUCUUCAAGUUUCGGCACUGGGGGCACAUGGAGGGCCCCUUCAUGGAGCACCCGCCCCAUGGCGAGCGGGUUGAGUUUUUCGGCAUUUGCAUUUUCCAUGUUGACGAGGAGAUGAAGGUUGAGAAGGCGGAAUUCUUCUACGAACGCGGCAAUUUCCUCGCGAGCUUCUUGAGCGCGCCUGCUGCUGCUGCUACUGAUGCUGCGUCAGGCUCAGGAUGCCCUGUCAUGGGAGGAAAUUAACUGAACUGAAGCACUGAGGAACCAACACAACAUGUCACCCAUUUGAAAAUGUAUCGGAUUACCAACAGAUCCGCACCUGCUUUUAAUUUUAUUUCAUGCUACAUUGCUACUCCUUUAUUAGUAGUACUAUAAAUAAAGACUCAUUGUUUGUAUGGUAUGAAGUAUAAACACCACAUGGGUGGUGGGUACAUGUAGCUAGAGUUGUUCUACUUGAUCUUUUGGCAUGGCACUAAGCUACAUGGACAUGGUUUAGCCAGCAAAGUACAAGUCUUAUGAAUAUCAGUUCUA